CUCGCGUGCCUAAGCAGUGCCUGGUACCCUUGAGCUGAAGUGAACUGUCUCAAUCACACAGGAAAUAAAUGAGCACAGUUCAUAAACAGUGUUGUUGGAGGUCUGUUACAUGACAUGAUGAGUUCUGCCGCAUGUGGCGCUGCGGAUUUUCCACCAUCAGCGGACACUACCGAAGGGAGGAGGCGACCAUCUCCCGGACAGACCCCUGCCAAACCGGCCUCAAAACCCAGCGGCAGCCGCUCUUCAUCAUCCGCCGCGUCGAAGCUCGGAGGAAAAGGCAUUAAAGGACGCGAGGGAGAGCAGGCGGCUCAAGAAGCGCGUGUCGUGAGGGUGAGAGGUGCGGCAGCUGUUCAUGGUGCUGAAGCUGAGGCGGUUUGGGAAACCGAGGAGCGGAUUGAUCGCGCUCCAUCACCGGAUACGAGCCGUGCGCUGCGUUUACCCUGCGUCCACAAAGACUCGUGCUCGGAGCAGGCCGGCGGCUCCUCCGGUGGAGGUGUGAGGGGGAGAGAGAAGCAGAGUGAGGCCGCCGCGGGAGGAGAGUACGUGGGCUGCGGGCCGGCCUUCUGGGGUGGGGGCUGUCUGCAUUCAGAACUCAUCCAGUAUCACAUCAACAAGCGCUUGAAGAAAAGCGGCAAGAUGCAGCGCAAAGCCUCAGGCGAGACGCAACCGGGACCGGGACCGGUACCGGCCGCACAGGCCGCGAGCGGCGCCGACGAGCCCGUGACACAGCAGAAUGAAGCCCUGCAGGACGAGAUCCAGAGACUGGAGGAUGAAAACGAAGAUCUUAGGAAUGAGAUUGAGGAGAUGCGGACAGAGAUGGAGGAGAUGCGUGACACCUUUUAUGAGGAGGACACCUGUCAGUUACAAGAUAUGCGGCGUGAACUCGAGCGCGCAAAUAAGAAUUGUCGCAUCCUUCAAUAUAGACUCCGCAAGGCUGAACGCAAACGACUUCGUUAUGCACAAACUGGAGAAAUUGACGAGGACCUCCUGAGGAGCUUAGAGCAAGAUUUGAAGGUCGCCAAGGAUGUGUCUGUAAGACUCCACCAUGAGCUGGAGAACGUGGAGGAGAAAAGAACAAAGACAGAAGAAGAAAAUGAGCGAUUAAGACAGAAACUUAUUGAGGUGGAAGUCACAAAACAGGCUCUCCAAAAUGAGCUGGACAAAGCCAAAGAGUCUCAGAAACGAAGAGGAAGCAAAGAUGCACAAAAGCCUGAGAGGAAGACUCAGACUCCUACAGAGGAGGACAAUGAGGACCUGAAAUGCCAGUUGGCCUUCAUUAAAGAGGAGGCUACCUUAAUGAGAAAGAAAAUGGCCAAGAUUGACAAGGAAAAGGACCGUUUGGAACAAGAGCUUCAGAAGUAUCGUUCCUUCUAUGGAGAUCUGGAUAGCCCUCAUCCAAAGGGUGAAGCUGGUGGCCCUCCCACUACAAGGGAAUCUGAGCUUAAACUCCGCUUGCGUUUGGUGGAAGAAGAGGCCAACAUCCUGGGACGUAAAAUAGUCGAAUUAGAGGUGGAGAACCGUGGCUUGAGGGCGGAGUUGGAUGACCUUCGAGGGGAAGAGUCAUCUAAUGGGGGCUUGUCCGGAGCGGAAGGUGGAAUGGGGCGGGAACAGGGGUCGGAGCAGUCAGAGCUUAGGCAGCAACUGCAGUUGGUGGAGGACGAAGCAGAACUUCUAAGGAGGAACCUGGCUGAUGUAGAGGAACAGAAUAAGAGGGUGACAUGUGAGCUGAACAAACUGCGCUUUAAAGAGGGUACAAGGCACACCUCGGGUGGUAAUGCAUCGGCUGCUGCCAGUGGAGCGGGAGACAGCUCCAAAGCCGAGGCCUUGCAGGAGGAGCUGAAGGCAGCGAGGAAACAGAUCAAUGAACUGAGUGGGAAAGUGAUGCAGCUGCAGUAUGAGAACCGUGUGCUGCUUUCCAACAUGCAACGGUAUGAUCUAGCAUCUCACCUAGCCAUCACGCCACGGGACAGUGACGCAGAGAGCGACAGCGGUCCUGGAAUCGGAGGGCGUAGAGGUAGUGAUGAUGACUCGUCUUCCUCUCGCCUCCCUCCCCAUCGCAAACGUGAAGGUCCUGUCGGAGGUGAAAGCGACUCGGAAGAAGUUCGCAAUGCUCGGUGCCUCACGCCAACUCGUUCUCUUUAUUCUCCUGAAUCCGCCCGGCUCCUCUCACGCUCCAUACGGGACAGGCAACAGAUGAUUGACAUCCGUGCCGAAGCGGAGCGAUUGGGGCGAACCAUUGACCGCCUCAUAGCUGACACCAGUACCAUCAUUGCCGAGGCACGGGUGUUCGUAGCUAACGGGGAUCUUUUCGGCCGUAUGGAAGAUGAUGACGAUGGUGGGCGGAUCAGGGAGCAUGAGCUACUCUACCGCAUCAACGCUCAAAUGAAAGCCUUCAGAAAGGAGCUUCAGGGGUUUAUAGACCGACUUGAAGUCCCAAAACCUGAGGAAAGAGAUUCAGAAGAGCCAUUAUCUCAUAGUCUCGCCCUUUGUUUUGUUUGUUUGUCAAUGUUGUGUAUGUUCACCAUGGUUGAAGAAUCACAGGACGGUCACUUUCCAAGCACAGACAGCACGCUUAAGCACAGAAGCCUGCAAAACAUUAAUUUCCAAAAAGCUGGAGAAUGUUUUAUCCAAAUCGCACAUAUAUGGCUGCCACCGGAAGGUACACCAUCAAGACAAGAGGUUUUUUUUGGAACUAAAGACUAUCAUACAUCAUAGGAAAACACUGAGCCACUGGAAACUACAUUAUCCAGAAGACAUUUCUUUCAUUGAGGACUAUGGCUAUCAGGCACACUGACGCUUGCAAUGAAAUAUGGAACUGCAAUUUACUACCAAGGGGAACGUUACCACAUUACC